GUAGUGCAGGAGAGGGUUGCCAUUUAUAAACGGCACCCACAUUUACAGCCCGUGCGCACUCCCUGCGAGUGCGCGGCACCCGCGAUCCGGUGCCCGUGGACACAGCAGAACACCGAUCGCAGUACGGGACCUCUGUGUGAGGUCCCAAUUCAUGUGAUCACUGAUUGGCCAAUCAGUGAUCUCAUGAACAGUAGUAAGCAAGAUGUCACUUCCUGACAUCAUUGCUUACUACUUGUGAAAUCUGUGAAUGAUCACAGAGGUCACAUGG